UUCUGAGAACAUUGUAGGCAGUCUGAUAACUCACAGGCUUCAAGCUGGCUUUAUAAACUUGCUCCACUUUUGCAUACUUCCUCAUACUGCUAGUUUCUCUGUGAAGAUGAAGCUGCUUGUUUACUUAGUCUUGCUGAAGACGGCUCUCCUUGCUGUAACAGACGUCUUUGCAGCUGUUUUAGAAGAUGAAGAGGAUGCUAAAGAAGGAAAAGUUACUGGGACCUGUCCUAUAAAGCUCAAAAAUAAUCAGAAAUGUGAUGAAGGAGAGGAUUGUCCCUAUCAGAUAAAUCUGCCUCCCAUGACCAUCCAGUUACCCAAAGAAUUCAAACUACUUGAGAAGACUCUCAGAGAAGUACAGACCCUUAAAGAAGCAGUAAACAAGCUGAAGAAAUGCUGCCAAGAUUGCAAGCUGCAGGCAGAUGACAACCAAGAAAGAGACAGUAGUAAUGAGUUCCUGCUACCUAAUGCAGAAACUCCAGCAGAAAACAGCAAAAUCAUCCAAGAUAACAGAGUAAAGGAACUGCAAAGCAAAGUUAACAGAAUGGCAACCAGCUUAAAAAAUGCAAAGAGCCAAAUCCAGACACUGCAGGGUCGUUUAGAGAAGAUGAAUCUCAUAAAUAUGAAUAAUGUAGAACAUUAUGUUGACAGCAAAGUUGCUAAUUUGACAUUUGUGGUGAACAGCCUUGAUAACAAAUGUUCUUCUAAAUGUCCAGCAAUGCAACCAAGACCUGUUAUACAAAUAAUGCAGAGGGACUGUGCUGAUCACUACACAGCAGGCAGAAGGAGUAAUGGAAUCUACAGGAUUAUCCCUGACCCCAGAAAUGAUAGCUUUGAAGUUUACUGUGACAUGCAAACCCAGGGAGGCGGCUGGACGGUGCUGCAACGGCGUCAGGACGGUAGCACCAACUUUAACAGAACCUGGAACGACUACAAAAAUGGCUUUGGAAACCUCAGCAGGGAGUUUUGGCUGGGGAAUGACAAAAUUCACCUCUUGACAAAGAGCCAGGAAAUGCAACUGAGAAUUGAACUUGAAGAUUUCAAUGGCAUCAGAGAGUACGCGAAGUACGAACACUUCUACGUGGCCAACGAGUAUCUCAGAUACCGCCUGAGCGUCCACGGCUACAGCGGCACGGCCGGGGACGCCCUUCACUACAGCAAGCAUUACAACCACGACCAAAAGUUCUUCACAACUCCAGACAAGGACAACGAUAGGUAUCCUUCAGGAAACUGUGGAGCCUACUACAGCUCCGGCUGGUGGUUCGAUGCCUGCUUGUCUGCCAACCUCAAUGGCAAAUACUACCACACGAAAUACAAAGGUGUUCGCAACGGCAUUUUCUGGGGCACAUGGCAUGGCAUUUCUGAUGAUAUUCCCAGUGGAUAUAGGCAAGCCUUUAAGUCAGUAAAAAUCAUGAUCAGACCCAAAAGUUUUGUGCAGUAAUUCCAUACCUUUCUCCUAACUAGUUUGCAUUGGAUUGCACUCAAAAUCAUACUUACUCAGUAUUAUACUCAGAAUUCAAGUAUUCAGUAAUGUUUGGCAUAAAAUAGUUCUAGACAAAACAACAUAUUUCCACAUACAUUUUUAGAGAUUGUAUGUAUUAAAAAAGCAUUCAUGUUUGUGAAAAAUUACUGCUAAAACUUAGCACAGUUUAAGUCUUGGUAUUGUUACAUAAAUAUUCUAAACGUUGCUUUGGUGCUUUUAUGGACUAUGAUAGAUGAUAUUUUAUGACUUAGAACUUCUAAAUAUUCUUCUACACAUUGUGUCUGAAUGAACACCUACAUUUUAACCUGAAAAUAACUCAGAGGUAUAACUGGUAACAUAUCGAUUUGUCAACACUUAGAAUGAAAAUUAGUAUCUCUGAAUCAGCCUGACUUCUGUGUCAUCUAUCCACCACAACUUCAAAUGUAUACCAUGGAAAUAUCAAUAAAAAUUAGGAGAAGUAUUGUGAAUUAUUAUUUUUAAAGGACUAGGAAACAGAAGUCCACGUGGCUUGUACAAAGUCACAAAAAAAGCCUUGAAGCAAACAGAGAGAAUUAAGAUGAUUUCUCACAUCUUAUCCCAUUUAUCAAAGAUUUUUCAAAGAAGUUGGUGAAAGAAUUUAACAAAAGCAAGAAGAAAUAAUGUAGGGACCACAUAAUGAAAGUAUUUCUUGCUCAUUUUGGUUCUUCUCUUCAAGCUCAAGGUCUUAUUUGUCAUUUGUUUUAGAAAGGAGCUGUUAUGUAGCUUAUUGCACAUUUAUACAGACAGGUAGAUGGGUAGGAAGAAGACACAUAAAAAAGAAUUAAUGUCUUUGCAUUAAUGUCUCAAAAUAUAUAAAAAAAGGUUUUCAGUGCCAUUUCUCCUGAAUCUUUUAGCUAAGCCAAAUUCUACAACAUUACCCUUGUUGAGACUCAAGCUCAUUUAAGUACUUCUAAAUCUAGGUGCUAUUGAAAUUAUAAGAAAGACAAAUAAGAUACCAAAAGAUUGUGUUGUUUCUUUUUUUUGAGAACCCCUUUUGUAGCCACAGACACGAGCAAGCCACUGCCAAUUAUAAAGAGAAUAUGUGAAAGACUUCUAAAAUGCAACAAAUGAAAAAACCUUAAUUUUCAAAUACUUUAGGAAGUGCAAGUUAUUAUUAAAGCUCAUGUUGUAGAUAAUGAGCACAAAUCGGGCUACAUGUAUCUAUUGCUCACACUGGAAAAGACUCUAUAUCUCUUUAUAAUUCCAGAGACUAACAUCUGGAGCAGAAAUGCAAUGUAUCUUAGCAAGAGGCUAUUUUUCUAUAUGGCUUAUGGCAAUUUUGAGAUGCAGGUAAACUAUGGUAAGACUGUAUUUCUUUACCAAAGUCUGGUCUUUGCUGGCAUAGCCUUUUUGGUUCAAAGAGACAUUUUAAAAAAAAAUUUGAUACACCUGACCUUAUACUUUACAAAUAUAAUUGAUUUUUACUGCUUUUAAAUAUGGUAACAAGGAAGUGUUACAGCUACAAGUGACACAAAUGAGCAACAGUAGCAAUUGCUAAACUAUAUAGAUUAAUAUAUAUUUUAAGGAAGUAAAUACUUUGAAGGAUAUUUCAGUGAGUAAUUUGGUUUAUUAUAUUUCAGUUUUAAAGAGUAACAAAAUUUUAAUUUCAAGAUGUAUUAUCUUUGCUUGAGAACAUGUUUUGAAACUAGAGAAUAUUUAUUUUCGGAUUAAAAAGGAAUGUCUAAACAAAACAACAACAAAAAAAAAGAAACAUAAAGUAUUGCUUAGAAGAGCAAAUAUCUAAUUGCAUAUGAUUAUAUUUAAUAAUUUUGCGUGAAAUGCAGAAUUUGCUCCUAUUCGUGAUAUUAUAACUAGCUAGGUAUGACUUACAGUAUCUACCAGCUUCUACUUGAAAAUGUCUUUUUUCCUGCUAAGUUGUUGGAAGAGAAACUGUCCAAUUUUUAAUCCUGUUGAAAGGAAACUUUGUAAAAUAGUUUUAUUUUGUUUUUUAACCAAACAAGCACGUGUCUGAUGUCUUUAAAAAAUAAAAGUAAAAAAAAAAAAGAAAAAAGAAAAAGGAAGGAAGCAUAAUGUUGUUACACAGAUCUGAAUAUUACCUGCCUGGAACUGUUGUAGCUGAAUCUCCAUCCAUGUGUACUAGUUUUACAAAGUAUAACUCCAUCUACUUGUUGCAAGCAUAAUUUUUGUUCUUCCUCGGUGUAUUAAAAUUAAAGUCACACUGUUAAAGCUGUA